UGUUCUACUCUGCAGCUCUGCUAGCAACAACUAGGCUGUGUUCUACUCUGCAGCUCUGCUAGCAACAACUAGGCUGUGUUCUACUCUGCAGCUCUGCUAGCAACAACUAGGCUGUGUUCUACUCUGCUGCUCUGCUAGCAACAACUAGGCUGUGUUCUACCCUGCUAGCAACAACUAGGCUGUGUUCUACUCUGCAGCUCUGCUAGCAACAACUAGGCUGUGUUCUACUCUGCAGCUCUGCUAGCAACAACUAGGCUGUGUUCUACCCUGCUAGCAACAACUAGGCUGUGUUCUACUCUGCAGCUCUGCUAGCAACAACUAGGCUGUGUUCUACUCUGCAGCUCUGCUAGCAACAACUAGGCUGUGUUCUACUCUGCAGCUCUGCUAGCAACAACUAGGCUGUGUUCUACUCUGCAGCUCUGCGUUUAGUGCCAUGAUGAGGAGGAGGAUGAUGAUGAUGAUGGUGUUGAUGAUGAUGAUGAUGAUGCCAUGUAGGCUGUGUUAUACUCUUUAGUGCCAUGAUGAUGAUGAUGAGGAGGAUGAUGAUGAUGAUGAGGAGGAUGAUGAUGGGGAGGAGGAGGAUGAUGAUGAUGAUGCCAUGUAGGCUGUGUUAUACUCUUUAGUGCCAUGAUGAUGAUGAUGAUGAUGAUGAUGGGGAGGAGGAUGAUGAUGGGGAGGAGGAGGAUGAUGAUGAUGAUGCCAUGUAGGCUGUGUUAUACUCUUUAGUGCCAUGAUGAUGAUGAUGAUGGGGAGGAGGAUGAUGAUGGGGAGGAGGAUGAUGAUGAUGAUGAUGCUGUGUUCAGGACCUCUACGCAGCGAAUGUGUCAACGGUUUGAAAUGAUCUGUACCAUACUGAAAUGAUCCAUUAUCCCUGUUCUCUCUUUGUCUCCUCCCUCCAUUAUCCCUGUUCUCUCUUGGUCUCCUCCCUCCAUUAUCCCUGUUCUCUCUUUGUCUCCUCCAUUAUCCCUGUUCUCUCUUUGUCUCCUCCCUCCAUUAUCCCUGUUCUCUCUUUGUCUCCUCCCUCCAUUAUCCCUGUUCUCUCUUUGUCUCCUCCCUCCAUUAUCCCUGUUCUCUCUUUGUCUCCUCCCUCCAUUAUCCCUGUUCUCUCUUUGUCUCCUCCCUCCAUUAUCCCUGUUCUCUCUUUGUCUCCUCCCUCCAUUAUCCCUGUUCUCUCUUUGUCUUCUCCAUUAUCCCUGUUCUCUCUUGGUCUCCUCCCUCCAUUAUCCCUGUUCUCUCUUUGUCUCCUCCCUCCAUUAUCCCUGUUCUCUCUUGGUCUCCUCCCUCCAUUAUCCCUGUUCUCUCUUUGUCUCCUCCCUCCAUUAUCCCUGUUCUCUCUUUGUCUCCUCCCUCCAUUAUCCCUGUUCUCUCUUGGUCUCCUCCCUCCAUUAUCCCUGUUCUCUCUUGGUCUCCUCCCUCCAUUAUCCCUGUUCUCUCUUGGUCUCCUCCCUCCAUUAUCCCUGUUCUCUCUUGGUCUCCUCCCUCCAUUAUCCCUGUUCUCUCUUGGUCUCCUCCCUCCAUUAUCCCUGUUCUCUCUUUCUCCUCCCUCCAUUAUCCCUGUUCUCUCUUUGUCUCCUCCCUCCAUUAUCCCUGUUCUCUCUUGGUCUCCUCCCUCCAUUAUCCCUGUUCUCUCUUGGUCUCCUCCCUCCAUUAUCCCUGUUCUCUCUUGGUCUCCUCCCUCCAUUAUCCCUGUUCUCUCUUGGUCUCCUCCCUCCAUUAUCCCUGUUCUCUCUUGGUCUCCUCCCUCCAUUAUCCCUGUUCUCUCUUUGUCUCCUCCCUCCAUUAUCCCUGUUCUCUCUUGGUCUCCUCCCUCCAUUAUCCCUGUUCUCUCUUGGUCUCCUCCCUCCAUUAUCCCUGUUCUCUCUUGGUCUCCUCCCUCCUCUGGUUCUUUCUUUACUAACCAUGAAACAUGAAGAGAACUGAUCAUGUGAUCAGUC